UUUCAAUCUGUUUAACAUGUCGGCAGGUGUUGAAAUGUACAUAGAGCUGUACGGCAUACAUUGUACGGUAUACCGUAUAUACAUGCAUAUGGACAUUCCGAAUGUCAUUCUGAACAUAAGUGAAUCUUUCACGCAUGCGUGAUUUCCAUUUCUCACAUUGUUUAUGACUUUAAGAGUUGAGCAAAGAAGAAGUUCCUGGAGGAUAUACCAGUUCGAAUUAGAAAGGGAUGAGCUGCUGCGGCCAUUAUAGCAUGCGUAUCAACAAACAAGGAUGAAUACGUCUAUAGAUCUCAACGCAGGCUCCCGCACAGCGCCUGCUCAGGAAGAAGUGGAGGACAGCGAAGCCUUGCGAAAUCUGAUGAAAAUAUUAUCCUUCACUGAAGGCUAUGUCAUCCUUAGUGUUCUUAUUGGUGGCAUCAUCGGCAAUGUCAUAUCCAUCGUGGUCUUUUGGAGGACAAGGCGUCGCCGGGAUGCCACAGUGCAGUAUCUUAGCGUCCUGUCCGUGUCGGACCUGGCCGAGCUCAUCACGUACGGUGUGCUAACAAGUUGGUUGACCUCGGGAUUAAAUCAGGUCACACAUGGGGAAUACUCCGUCAACUUAUGGCUGAUGUCAAACGUUUCAUGUAAACUCCUCCCGUUUCUAUCUCAUGUCUUCGAAUGUUUCUCCGCGUGGACGAUCGUGGCGUUCUCCAUCGAACGAGCAGUCAUAGUUUGGUUCCCGCUAAAGAGACUAUCGAUAAUCCCAAAGAAACGCAAAAUCCUGAUAUCUACACUCCUUUUAUUAUCUGUGGCUGUGAGCAUACAACGGCUAGUCUUAUUCGAAGUCUAUUUUAACCACUUUUACAUCUGUUUCUAUCUGGUUCCAAGCUUUACCCGAGUUGUUUUGUACCAAAUCGACGUCAUUCUCUACAACUACAUCCCCAGUUGUCUGAUUUUCAUCAGCAAUAUCUUAAUCCUGAUCGGCAUCGGACGGUCGAAAAUCGACAAGACGGAAAAAAUUACGAAGUCAGCAACGCAAGAUCUAAGGGUAAUUCUAUCUCUCCUGUCGGUUUCGACCCUGUUUGUAAUUUUUCUAACCCCUGCAUCCGCCGCGUGGACGUAUUAUGCUCUGGCCCUUCGAGCGCCAGUUGUUGAUGCCAAGUUCGUCAGGUUUCUUCAAUAUCUUGGAAAAUUUCUCGCGCAGAUUAGCCACCUCAAUUAUUGUAUUAAUUUCAUCAUUUACGGGUGUACCCUGCCCUUCUUUCGCGAUGAGCUCAAGAAAAUGUUCAACAUUUUCUAAAAGGAGAAAGCUACAGGAAAUCUAGUUUAGCUGGACUAAAUGGUUGCCAGUGUGAGAUGCAUGUAAGCGGCCGUAUGUAAGAUCCAUUAAGGGGGAGUCCGCAGAUACAAAAUAGACAGUAUUGCACUGGCAGGAUUGUAUAAAACCAUUCGCUUAUACUGUAAUCAUACAUCUUUCAAGUCAUUGGACAAUAAGCUGAGACUGUCUCUCCAUGGGACAUAGAUUUCCUAUCACACGAUAGAAGUAGAUGUAGCUAAUAGAAUUCGGUUUCCUGGAAAAUAAUGUACUUCUUCAGUUGUGUUGGAUACUCGAGAUCAUCUGACAUGACAUUCGCCUUUAAUGGUUUGCGGAUGGCGCCCAGUAAUGCCACCCGACACAACUCUUUCAGUGAGUAGCCAGUGGAGAGAAAUUCCUUCAAAUACUCCACAAUGUCACCGCAUUUGCGUCAUCACCCUAAGGGCGAAAAAUAUAGUAUGCAAAUACACGGAAAGUUCGUUUCUCCUUGGUCCAUUCGUAAAUGUUAUGUCCGCAUCGUUUUGGGGUCUGGAGGGCGAACUACUGGUCAAAUUUCUUUCAGGUUAGGUUUUUACUGGUCUUCACCUCAAAACCAACCCGGAUAUUUUCAUUUUAGUAAUCAUGGUAACGAAAUAUUUUUUGUAUGUAUUUGUGUACAUUGACGUAGUGCAUUGAAUUCGGACAUUUUCCACUCUGUACGGUUUAUUUCUCCACCAAUCUGGAUGAAAUGUUCAGACAUCUUUCUACUAGUGGUCUAUUUAAAACUUAUAACUAAUGGCCUUGUGAUCGCAGACACCAUAAAUACAGACAUUCAUUUAUAGAUUGCUACAGAUAUAGCAAUAACAAAUUAUAACAUUUUAUAAGUUGACGCAGGCUACUAGAGAAGUACAUGUAACAUCGAUGAGAAUCCUGCAGGAACAUGAAGAUGAUGGGAAAAGGCACCCGAUCUGUAGAAUACUUCUCGUUCUACGAUAUUGCAAAGGGUUCAAGUUGCUUUGUUCACGACGUGCAAGACGCCAUCAAUAUACAUGUCCUUUAAUCCACCUUUUACCUGGCGAUGUGACCUGUCUGCAACAUCACCAAACAAACACUAGGUACUACCAUACCUUUUUCACUUAGGUUUCCUUGUUUCUUCGGCCAAGUGCACGAAUCACAGCGUUCUUAUGUUUCUGCUUACACAGGUAAAUAUAUGAUAUUUUUAUGUUCAGAAUACGUUUUGGACGUUCUUUAGCGAUCGCAUGACGUAAACGUUCCAAUGUGAGAAUUCGUGUGCCUCUGCAUCCAAAAGCUUGGUGUUCCUGUACGAUGUACAACGACACGUCUAUAACAACGGCCAUGUCAGUUCUGAUUCAGGGGACGACUUUUUCUAGUCCUGACGUCAGGUCCUCGGAUCUCGUGCUCGAGAUCUACAAUGUCAUUCAGGGCUACCUCAUCCCUGGAAUUCUUCUUAUUGGGAUCAUGGGGAACACCCUUUCCCUCGUAAUUUUCAUCAGGGCCAGGAAACGCGCCGAUGCAGCAGUCCAGUACCUCAGCACACUUGCAAUCUCCGACACAGGGUUUAUUUUAUUCCUUGGAGUGUCAUACUGGAUGUCAUAUGGCCUUGCUUACCUCACCAACGGCGCGCAUUCAUACAACUUAGUGACGUACUCAACACCAGCAUGUAAAAUAAUGGGAUUUCUAAGACACGUCUGGGAACUUGCUUCAGCAUGGGCAAUAGUUGCUUUCACUUUGGAACGAGUUUACAUUGUGUGGUACCCUUUAAAGCGGGCGGGAAUAACUACAAAGAAGCGAACAGUUAUAAUAAUCGCCAUUUGGGUCAUGUCUGCCUGUCUGAGUAUCCAUCGAUUGGUGUUAAAUGAUGUUUUAGGAAAUUCUAAUUGCUUUUACAACACUUCUUUUGCAAGCAAGUUUUGGAUAAUUUUGUUCGACGUGACCAUUUACAACUAUAUUCCGUGUUUCGUCAUAGUCAUUUCAAACGUUCUCAUCCUUCUUGGAAUACGUUUGGCCAAUACGUCCUUAGAUUCAAAAGUUGUUUCCUCGAGACAUGAUCAAAAUUACAAUCGUCUGAUCGUUUCUUUGUUGUUGAUAUCGACAUCCUAUGUUGUCUUCAUGACGCCCCUCUGUGUUUCUGGAACUCACCACUUCUAUUACUUAAAAACUGCAGAGGUCGUAGACCCCAAAUAUAACCAACUAUUCUUCUACAUCCUGACCUUUCUUGAGCAGUUUAGUCUGUUGAAUUAUUGCUUCAACUUCAUCAUUUAUGGCUGCACUUUGCCAUUUUACCGGAAAGAAGUGUACUGUUUGCUUUCACUGCGCAUGCGUUAAACUGCUGCUCAUGGAUACAGCGACUCCACGCAAUUCGUUUCGGCUUAAAGGGGGUACGCCGUUCGUAUGUACUCAUGGGUCAGGAAGCGAGAAAUUUAGUCACGCACAAAGCCGUUGUACAGUUAUCAUGACUUUGCAUGCAUUUUUGCUGCAAAUUGGUAUCUAUCGUUAGUUGUAUAGCAGCUGUCAAAUUAAUUGCAAUGUUGAAAUUUAUAAUCAGUACGUAUUGGCGUAUUGGAAACUUUCAAAUUACGAAUUUCAGAUUUUUAACGAAUGUCGUAAGCCUUUAAUACGUCGAUUUGAAACUGAACCAGAUUUUGAUAAGGAUAAACCUAUUGUAUGCCUCGUUGACGAGUGUACGAUGACAGGCUUUUGCCCACUCAUUGGUAACUUGUCAAUACAUAUAAUGUAAAAUUCAAAUCAUUGACAGAAGAAAACAAAUACUCAUCAAUGGGGGUGCAGAACUCCAAAGGGAAUCCUCACUGAGUAAAGUAGCAGAAUCGUUUCGAGGGUUGAAAAAAGCCAACU